AUGUCGUUAUUUGAAGCACCGUUUAGCAUUGAUACCACCCUUGCUCGUGCACAACGCAGCUCAAUUGGCAGUGUCAUCGCGGCCAGAAAAAUAUCUGUGGUACAUGAUGAAGUGGGUGUGAAGCGUGUCAAUCAUGUCCCUAACGGCAUAUACGAGAGGUCACUGCCCUCGCUGCAUUUUCUACGGUGGCGGCCAAUGUAUCAUAUGCUGGCUGCCAAUGCGUGGAUGAAUGGUCCUUGCGCACCUGGAUACGAUCCCGCAACAGGACUUUAUCAUGUUUCAUUCCAGUGGAACCCAAGACGAAACGUAUAUGGCAAGAUCGCGUGGGGAUCAAUGGUCUGGGGAAAAGCGUCCUCCAAAGAUUUGGUCUCCUGGACUGUCUCAGGAACACCAAGUCUCCAACCUGGAGAGUGGUACGAUAAGGAGGGAUGCUUUAGUGGUUGCAUGUAUUCUGCGGCUGCCGAUGGGUCAAGAGGCCUUACAGUCUUCUAUACUGGCGCCAGCCGGCUACCACUACAUUUCAGCCUUCCCGAUAUUUGCCAGUCAGAGACAUUGAACAUUGCGCACUCUAGGGAUGGCGGCGUGACAUGGGUCAAAGAUGAAGCAAACCCAAUUCUCCCCGAAACACCAGCAGGCCUGACCGUGACUGGCUGGCGUGACCCAAUGGUUGCUCCUUGGCCCUCGUUGGACAUGGCGCUCGGGAGACCAGUAGGAGAAGGGAAUCUAUACGGACUUCUUGCGGGAGGAAUAAAGGGCAGAGGUCCGACAGCUUUUCUCUAUGCGAUCGACAAGAGCAAUAUGACACAGUGGAGAUUCAUCUGUGAUCUGGUCGAACUAGGUCUGAAUCAUAAUAUUUCGCGCUGGUCUGGCAAUAUGGGGAUCAACUGGAAAUGUGCCAUUUUCGCCACGCUGGUUGACAGCGAGGGUAAUGUCCGUCGAGAGCUUGUCAUUGUGAGUGCAGAAGGAUCGGCACCUGCGAAGCAAGGUAUAUCCUCCAUCCAGCACCCACAGCAACACACACACUUUCCUCGCGCUGAACGCUCGCAACAAUGGAUGUGUGGCACGAUCAACAUUGUACGGAGGGCCGAUGGUACCCCGGUGCCGAAGCUACAAUACACCAUGGGAGGACGUUUCGAUCACGGCAUCGCCCAUGGCUUCCACUCCUUCAGGGACCCAAAGUCUUCGCGAACGGUAGUCUUCGGCCAGAUCACCGAAGAAGACUUGCCGCAGAAACUCGUCGACCGACAGAAUUGGAGCGGACUCAUCUCGCUUCCUAGAGAAGUAAAAAUCCAGACUAUGAAGCGCAUCAAGGCAGCUUUAGUCUCAUCGCUCACCGAAAUCACAUCCAUCGAAGCACAACCCGAGACUGGGAAUCAAGGCACAUACACAGUCCGUACUCUGAGCAUAAUUCCCGCCAAGAAUGUUGAGGCGCUGCGGCAAUCUACGCGCGAGAUCUCGAUACCCGGUAGCAGAAAUCUACGAAACCCAAGCGCCUACGAUGAUUCAUGCGUGCUAGAUGUACAGACUUGUCGAUUCGAGCUUUACUCCGUCUUCGGUGUUUCGAAUGCGUGCGAGCGAAUUGGCUUGUCCAUCCUUCAUACCCAGGAUAGAGAUCUCUCUAGCUCAACCACCAUUUCUCUCUUGACGGCUGAGGAGACGCUUUAUGUCAGCCGCCCAGACCUGAGGAAUGUGGACCCAGAUAUUAGCACCAUGCCUGAGACGGCACCCUUUACGCUGUUCGAGUCCGCAAAUGGAUCAAGGGAAAGGCUGGAGAUUCGGGCGUGGUUUGACGAGUCUGUAUUGGAGGUAUUUGUCAACGAGCGAUGCGCAAUCAGUACUCGUGUAUAUCCCGCCACGAAAAGAUGCUGGGGUGUUCGCUUCUGGGCCGAGGAUAAGGCGGGUUCUUCAACACUCGUGGAUGCCAGAGCCUGGGAUGGGCUGCGGGCCGAUAUACGUGUCAUGAACUGA